GGCAUCAAAACACUUGAGUUUCACGAUCAUCUCUCUCUAGUCUCUGAUCCAUCUUAUCCCUACUCACCAAAACCCAAAAAUACCUCUCUAAACUCUCGAAAUUACCUUCCAUACCCUUCUCAAUUCUGGGUCUCUCUGAUCUUUGCUGCAUCAAUGGAUGUAGAUGAGAGGAUUGAUAUAGCAGAGAGCUCAAUUGGAAAUGAAGUGGUUGUACAUGAAGGUGAUAGUAUGGUUGUAGAACCACAUGAGGGCAUGGAGUUUGAAUCAGAAGAUGCUGCCAAGAUAUUCUAUGAUGAAUAUGCUCGGAAGAUAGGGUUUGUAAUGCGUGUAAUGUCUUGUCGUCGUUCUGAAAGAGAUGGGAGGAUUCUUGCCAGGCGACUUGGGUGUAAUAAGGAGGGUUAUUGUGUAAGCAUUCGAGGCAAAUUCGGAAAUGUUCGAAAGCCACGACCAAGUACUAGAGAAGGUUGUAAAGCGAUGAUUCAUGUUAAGUUUGAUAAGUCUGGAAAAUGGGUGAUAACAAAAUUUGUCAAGGACCAUAAUCAUCCACUUGUAGUAGCCCCACGUGAAGCUCGUCAAACGUUGGAUGAAAAAGACAAAAAAAUUCAAGAAUUAACUGCUGAAUUGAGAAAUAAGAAGCGGUUAUGUGCCACUUAUCAAGAACAGUUAACUGCAUUUGUGAAAAUUGUUGAAGAUCACAGUGAGAAGCUAUCCAAGAAAGUUAAAACUGCGGUAGAAAAUCUAAAAGAAUUUGAGUCUAUUGAGCAGGAGCUCAUGCAGCGUAGAUAGUCUCAGCAUUUGGUGUAAGUACUUAGCUAUUACUUCUUCAACUCCGUUAGUUGUACAAUCUUUUUGACUGUUGUUCUCUGUUUUGUCUCUUCAUCGGAAGCAGAAACUGACACAGCAAUUAGAAAUGUAGUUAUAGGAUAUUGUUAUGUUUUCGAAUUUGUAGUCCAUGUGAGUUCAGUGAUUAUGUUGGUGGGGGGGCCGGGCUGGGACUCUAGUUUGCAGGUUUAUUAUGUUUGAGUGCAGAUGUCGAUGGAGGCGCCACAAUAAGUUAUGGAAGUUUUUGAAGACAAAAAUUUCCGUUUUUAGCAGUCUUGAUUUGUAUAGCAAACUAGUAAUAUGAAGUAUUGGUAGGUUAUGAUUUAGUAUGCUUUUGCAAGUGAUGCAUUUUUAUGAUAGGACAUGGAUAUUUCAAAUGGAUGGGUGGAACCUUCUCUUCUUUUCUCA